AUGGCUUCGCAGCUUCCUCCGGACGUCCUGCGUAAGAUUUUCCGGCGGCUGACCGGCAAGCGCCGCAAAGCCGCGUCGCUGGUCUGCAGAGAGUGGUACCUGGCCGAAGCUGACACGCGGCGCCACCUCAAGGUUUCCGACUCCGACCACGUGACCCGCCUGGUUAGCCGCUACCCCGCGCUAACCGACCUGGACGUCCGAAGCUGCGGCAUGGACAUCACGGACGGGCUGCUCGAGGAGUUUCUCCCUGGCUGCCAAGGGUUAGAGAUCCUUAACCUGGGUCAGAAGCGGUUCACCGAGGAGUACCGGGAGAUCAUGGAGGAGGUGCACCCCGCUCUAGUUCGGGAAGGGGAGGCAGGCCGCCUGCUAACCGACGACGGUCUGGACACGUUAGGGGCUAACUGCCGAAGGCUGAAGUACCUCUCGCUGGCGUACCGCUCAGAGGUGACGGGGCGGGGGCUGGAGAGCGUGACACGUGGCUGCUGCGAGCUGCGGGUGCUGAACCUGACGUACUGCAAGCGGGUCGACGACCGGGCGCUGGCGGCGAUCGGGACGCUAACGAAGCUCCGGAAGUUGUUUCUGGUGGGGUGUGCGAUGUUCAGCGACGAGGGGUUGGUGAGCCUAAGUCGGGGGCCGGCAGCGGAAACGCUGGAAUGCCUGGAGAUCAAGGAUUGCAACCAGCUGGGGGAACGAGGGCUGGAGAGCAUCGCCUCGUUAACUAGACUGCGAGUGCUCGACCUGGAGGACUGCAGCCCCGGACUGAAGGAUCCUGUGGUCGCGAAAAUAGCAAAGGGGUGUCCGGAUCUGGAGAGCUUAAAUUUGGCGAAUUGUCAGUGGGUGACUGACGAGGGCGUGACGAGUCUAUGGAAAGGCUGCCGUCGGUUGACCAAUCUGUGUUUGUCAAACCUAGAGGCUAUAACGGACAGGGCCAUCUCGGAGCUUGCGGAAAAUCUGGCAGGCCUGAGGUGCCUAAGCGUAGAUGGGUGCCUUCCGAUCAUAGCCUUGGGCUUUCCUAAGCUCUUGCAGUGUCUCUCUCGUGAGGUCGUCUGGAGGUCAUAUCAACAACAACAAGAUUGCGCCUACGUCUUGGCUAUCAUAGACUCGCGCCUUCGAGCUCUCUUUCGGCUGCUUCGCAUCGCCAAAAUGGCAGAAGACAAGCCUUUAGUGACGGUGUUCGGGGCGACAGGUUUACAGGGCAAGAGUGUCGUCAAGGCCCUGAUCAAGAGUGGCAAGUACCGUGUGCGGGGCGUUUCAAGGCAGAACCCCAAUUGUGAGAAGCUGAAGCCCCUACGGGAGCUUGGAGCAGAGCCCUUCCAGGCCGACCAGAAGCACAAGGAUCAGGUCGUAGCAGCAUGUGAUGGAGCAUACUCUGUCUACAAUGUGACAGAUUCCUCCGCUCUUGGACCUCACGAGGUGGAGGUCGGUACCGCAGUUGCGGAGGGAGCGAAGGAAGCGCGCGUCACGCAUUUCGUCUGGAGCACCCUGCCGAAUGUAGAAGAGCAAAGCGGUGGCAAGUACGAUGUGCCGGUUUUCACGAACAAGGCCAAGGUGGACCCGGUGGUCCGCAAGCAGCGUUUCAAGUACCACACUUUCGUGAUGCCGGCGUCGUACUACCAGAACUGGGGCAUGAUUCCGGGCCUCGUCAAGACCCGGCCGGACGGAACGGUCACCUUCACGGUGCCCCUGGACGAGAACACGCGCCACACCGGGUAUGACGUCAGCGACACGGGGCCAGCUGUCGUCACCAUCCUGGAGCACCCCGAGGAGUGGCACGACAAGCACGUCCCUCUGGCGGGCUAUCACGCGCCCUUCAAGAAAUGGAUCAAAGAUUUCUCCAGGGUGACCGGCAAAAAGGCGGUGCUCGAGCGCGUUCCAGACGACGAAGCAGCGAUCAAGGGCUCAGAGCGGAACGGGAAGAAAGUUCGCCGAAUCCCUUCUGUGCAGAAUCAGAUCACCUUGUUUGCGUGGUUCCGAGAGUUCUCGUACUACGGCGACUUCUACAUCACCUUAGGCCGCCGCGCGUAUCCUGGGAUGAAGGACUGGCCGGAGUGGCUGCGUGAAAGCGGGUGGAAAGGGGAGACCCUACUGUAG